AUGGCCACGCGACCUAACUUCAAAGGUUCCAAUACCGGCAGAUACGCUAAGAACAGGAGGGAAGAAAGGAAUUACAAUGACUUCAGCGGAAAAAGACAGGAUGGCUUAUCCAAGGCGUCGAGUUUGCAGGCCAAAUUCCAGGCGGUGGAGAACAUUGACAGAAUCGACUCUGUUUUCGAGUUCAACAGGUAUGAGUCCGGUCCCAAGAAGAUAGGCUGGUUGGUGAACAUGCAUGCUACCACCGUCAAGAGCUCUGAAAGUGUCAGUGGUGUGUCUGGUGUUGAUUAUUACUUCCUUGAUGAAGAAGGAGGCAAUUUUAAGGCGACUGUGAAGUAUGACCCAUACUUCUUGCUGAUAUGCAAAGAGACCAUGUUUGCAGAGGCCGAAGAGUUCUUGAGAAAGAAACUGGAUACCUGUCUCAAGAAGAUCUCCAGAGUUGAGAAGGAAGACCUGUCUUUGCCGAAUCAUCUGAUUGGAUUGAACAGAACGCUUUUGAAACUGAGUUUUCACAGUGUAUCUGAUCUUUUGGAGGCACGGAGAAUCAUGAAUCCUAUUCUGGAUGCAAACAAAAAGGCCACUGAAACUAAAAGUGUAUACAGUCUGAGUGAGCUAUCUUACAACAAUAUUCUGAAGAGCAAUGGUGAUGACGACUACGAAGACCAAAAGGGACGACUCAUGGAUGCCUCGGAAGCCCUCGAAGAUAUACGCGAGUAUGAUGUUCCAUACCACGUGAGAGUAUCCAUAGAUAAGGACAUUAGGGUGGGUAAAUGGUAUAUUGUCGAGGCCACUGAUGGUGAAGUCAACUUGAUACCUGAUGACAAACGAAUAGCAUUUGCUGACCCGGUGGUGCUUGCUUUUGACAUAGAAACAACCAAGGCACCAUUGAAAUUUCCUGAUUCUUCGGUCGAUCAGAUCAUGAUGAUAUCUUAUAUGAUUGACGGCGAAGGGUUUCUGAUCACGAACAGAGAAAUCAUCAGUCAGGACAUUGAGGAUUUUGAGUAUACCCCAAAGCCUGAGUACCCAGGUCUGUUUGCCAUUUUCAACGAAAAAGAUGAGAAAGCGCUGAUAGAAAGGUUUUUUGAACACAUUAGAGAUGCAAAGCCCACUGUAAUUGCUACUUUCAACGGUGAUUUCUUUGAUUGGCCUUUUGUGGAAGCAAGAGCAGCCUAUCACGAUAUAGACAUGUUUGAGGAGAUUGGCUUUGCGAAGGACAGCGAAGGGGAAUACAAAUCGACUUACUGUGCUCACAUGGAUUGUUACAGGUGGGUUAAACGUGAUUCUUACCUACCUCAAGGUUCCCAGGGUUUGAAAGCUGUGACUACCGUCAAACUGGGAUAUAACCCGACAGAAUUGGAUCCUGAACUCAUGACUCCAUAUGCAAUCGAAAAGCCUCAGGUUCUUUCCGAAUAUUCGGUCUCGGAUGCAGUGGCUACUUAUUACUUGUAUUACAAGUAUGUGCACCCCUUCAUCUUUUCUCUGUGUACAAUUAUUCCGCUCAACCCAGACGAAGUGUUAAGAAAAGGUACGGGUACUCUUUGUGAGAUGUUGUUGAUGGUCCAGGCAUACCAGGGUGGUAUCCUACUGCCUAACAAGCAUACUGAUCCUCUCGAAAGGUUCUAUGAUGGUCAUUUGGUCGAGUCUGAGACAUAUGUCGGAGGGCAUGUUGAAUCACUGGAAGCAGGUGUUUUCAGAUCCGAUCUCGAAAACGAGUUUGAGGUUGAUCCCACAGCUAUUGAUGAAUUGCUGGGUGACUUGGAUGAAGCCUUGAAAUUUUGCAUUGAAGUCGAAGGUGGAAAGAAACUGAAAGAUGUCACAAACUUUGAUGAAGUCCGCGACAAAGUCAAAGAACAGCUGAUAGCAAUAAGAGACACCCCGAAGAGAAAGGAGAAUCCUCUGAUUUAUCACAUUGACGUUGCGUCUAUGUAUCCAAACAUCAUGACCACCAACCGUCUCCAGCCGGAUUCCAUGAAAGCAGAGAGUGACUGUGCUUCUUGUGACUUCAACAGACCAGGUAAAACGUGUGACAGAAGACUGCCUUGGUCAUGGAGAGGAGAAUUCUACCCUGCUCAAAUGAACGAGUAUGGCAUGAUCAAAAGAGCACUUCAGCACGAAGACUUCCCUCCAAAGUUUCCAAAUGGUCCAAGACGAAACUUCGAACAGCUGAGUUACACGGAUCAGGUUGGGCAUAUCAAGAAAAGAUUGUCCGAUUAUUCACGAAAAGUGUACCACAGAGUGAAACAAACAGAGACUAUUGAAAGAGAAGCAAUCAUCUGCCAACGUGAGAAUCCGUUCUACGUGAAUACAGUUCGUGAUUUUAGAGACAGAAGAUACGAGUUCAAGACGCUUGCAAAAGUCUGGAAAGGAAAGACUGCGCAGAUACCAAAAGACGAUAAGAAUGCCAUUGAUGAGGCGAAGAAAAUGGUGGUUCUGUAUGAUUCGUUGCAGCUCGCCCAUAAGGUCAUUUUGAACUCAUUCUACGGAUACGUCAUGAGAAAAGGGUCUCGUUGGUACUCCAUGGAAAUGGCUGGUAUUACAUGUUUAACUGGAGCCACGAUUAUCCAAAUGGCAAGAGCGUUGGUAGAGAGAUUGGGCAGACCUCUGGAACUGGACACCGAUGGUAUCUGGUGUAUUCUUCCUUCCAGUUUUCCUGAAAACUUCAACUUCGAGCUCAAGAACGGCAAGAAGAUUUUCAUGUCCUAUCCAGGAUCCAUGAUGAACUACAUUGUCCACCAGAAGUUUACGAACCACCAAUAUCAAGAGCUGAUAGAUCCAGUCAGACGCAAGUACGAAACCAAAUCUGACAACUCGAUUUUCUUUGAGGUGGAUGGUCCUUACAGAGCCAUGAUACUGCCCACCUCAAAGGAGGAAGGUAAGGGUUUGAAGAAAAGAUACGCUGUGUUCAACUUCGACGGUUCUCUGGCUGAGCUCAAAGGUUUUGAGCUGAAACGUCGUGGUGAAUUACAAUUGGUGAAGAACUUCCAGUCAGACAUCUUCAAGUUGUUCUUGGAUGGAACAACUUUGGAAGGGUGUUACGGAGCUGUUGCAAAUGUAGCUAACCGUUGGCUGGAUGUUCUUGAUACCAAAGGUAGCAUGCUUGAGGAUGAGGAUUUAAUUGAACUCAUUUGUGAAAACCGAAGCAUGAGCAAAACGCUAGCGGAAUAUGGAAAUCAGAAGUCCACGUCUAUCACCACUGCCAAAAGACUAGGUGAAUUCCUGGGUGAGGAAAUGGUCAAAGAUAAGGGUCUCGCGUGUAAGUACAUCAUUGCCCGUACACCUUUGGAUGCUCCUAUCACUGAAAGAGCCAUUCCAGUUGCUAUUUUCUCUGCUGAGCUUUCUCACAAGAGAAUGUUUCUGAGAAGAUGGCUAGUUGAUCCUACCCUCGAAGAUUUUGACCCUAGAUCCAUCAUUGACUGGGGAUACUACAAAGAAAGACUGGCUUCUGUGGUUCAAAAGAUCAUCACCAUUCCAGCUGCCUUGCAAGAUAUAAGCAACCCAGUCCCAAGGGUCCCUCAUCCAGACUGGUUGCAAAGGCGUAUUGCAGAUAAAGAGAACACUUUGAAGCAGAAGAGCAUCUCGAACUUCUUCGCCAAAACAGGAAAGGGAGAAGCUAUGGCGGAUGUCACCAACACCAUUAAGGAUCUGGAAGAUUAUGGAACCAACGGAGAUGCUAAACCAAGGUUUGGUAAGGUUACUUCCAAAAAGAGAAGAGCACAGUUGAGAGAGGCCGAAGCCAAGUCAGAAGCUGAAGCUGCCAAAGGACUAAUCAGUACCACCAAGUGUCCUUCUCCAGAUGAAGAUUAUGUUGGUUUCUUAAUGUACCAGAAACUCAAAUGGAAGGUUCAAGAAACAAACAAAGCAAGAAGAAGAGAGCUAUUUGGAAACACCGAGUCCACUGGUGGUAGGUCUUCUCUAAACUCCAUGAUGAGAGACCGAGUCGCCAACAUUGCUGGCUCCACAUGGCAGAUCCUAGAAUACAGAGUCGAUCCAGAUCAUUUAGGCAAUCUGAUUGCUAGUGUCCUUAUUGACGACAAGGUGCAAACUUUGACCUUCAAGAUCCCCAAAAAAGUUUAUCUGGGCUACAAGUCUGACAAAGUUCCGGAGAUCGAUAUUGCUAACUGCGAAUUUGAAAAGUCUACGGCAGUAGCACCCAGUGGGACGAAGUCAGGUAACAUCUACAAGCUUUCUAUGCCUGAGGAUACUUAUAAGCAGGAGAUGGAGAAAUGUGACGGGGCUCUUCAAUCUCCUGAUAUUGACUCCAUCUAUGAAUCUCAGAUCCAAUCCGUUGAACGUGCUAUCAUGGACCUCGGAGCAUGCGUUGAAUUUAGUGACAAUGCCCUUGGUGCCUUGGGAAAAGGUAUGCAUCGCGGCUUCGAAAAAAAAUCAUUGGUCAUGAAGCCUUCAGAGCACUAUCUCUCGAACUUUUCCAUGGAUAUUUUGUAUCUGUUGCACAUUGUGUCGAAUCAGUAUGAGAUCUUUGCACUGUUCAACUCUUGGGAUGCCACUGCUGAGUUUUUUGUUCUGAAGCCAUCAUCUAGUGCUCAGGAACUGCCUGCGAACAUAUCCAAACUCUAUAAGGAGCUCUAUGAAUCCAAAUUCAAAACCAUUGACUCAUUACGAGGAAUAUUGGAAUAUCCAAGUGAGAUCAACUUUGAGACCCACUAUUUUGGAGAUAUCACGAAGCUUUAUCGUAAGCUUUCGAUUCAGUGCAACAAGAUCCACGAUUCUAGAACAUCCAAGCCACUGCUUGCUAUCCAGUCGCCAAAUUCGAGCAAAAUAUUGAAAACUGUGAGAGGAUUAUCGGUAUUGCCCAAGGUUCACAUCACCAUCGGCGAGAUUCAAGUUUCUUCUCUGAACUGGCAAAACUUGAUCACCAAGAGGAUUUUGAAUCACUUUCUGUCUUUAUCUCAAUGGAUUAAGAGACUGGUUUCACUCUCGAAAUACGGAAACAUUCCUCUAUGCAAUCUGAAGGUUGAUAAUAUUGGUUAUCUCAUCGAUAUCGAGUACGCUCGUCGUCUCAGCAAAUCUGGAAUAAUCUUGUGGUGGUCGCCUACUCCUCUUCCAGACCAUGGGGGUAUAGAAAAACAAUCCAGUUCUCCAGAGCUUGAAGAGUCUUUCCAACUUCCUUCUAUCAACAGGCCUGAUGUUUAUGAGUCUGUUUCUCUGGAGCUGGAGCUCAAAAACUUGACUAUUAACACAAUUUUGACCUCUUCGUUGAUCAACGAAGCCGAAGGUACUACUGUUGUGGAUUCUGAAGGAACGACUCAGGGUGGCAGUUUGGGACAAUUGUCUGAAGGAAGCACUUUUGCGGAAGACUCAUUCUUCGGACCAGCUCUUAUAGUGCUGAGGUCAAUGGUGAAAUCAUGGUGGGAUGAUGCGAUGAAAAACAGUUCUGAUGCAGAAUCAAUGAUCCACAGUCUUGUAUCGUGGAUAUUGAAGCCAAUGUCGUUUCUCUACGAUCCGGCUUUAAAUUACCAUAUUCACAACUUGACCAAGAAAUCUCUAUUGCAAUUACUUGCAGAGUUCAAGCGGAUGGGGGCUUCCAUUGUAUCAGCAAGUCGCAACAAGAUCAUCCUCAAGACCUCCAAGCUGUCUGUCGAGAAUUCUUAUGCGUAUGGAAAUUAUCUGGUGAACACAGCAAGGUCAAAGCCGUUGUUCAACUUUUUGGAGCUCAAUGUGGUGAGGUAUUGGGACAUUUUGAUGUGGAUGGACGAGUACAAUUACUCUGGUCGUUAUUGUGUCACCUUCGAAGGAGACUCAGAGCCUCCACUGGAAUCGGUAUCGCACUGGCAAAUAAAGUCGUUUCUGCCUCCAGUGUUCCAACCCGAAUUUGAAGACUGGGCGAUUAUCUUCUUGGACUCGCUCAUAAAACACAGAGCACAGACCAUGAAGGAUUCACAGAAUGGAACCCAAAGAGUUUCUCAGAUCAGCAAAGUUCUGAAACUCAAUGGCAAGCCUGUGACUGGCGAUCUAGAUAAGGACGAGAUCUUAGGAGGUGUCUGUGAACUAUUCAGAAAACCUCUUGAAAAACGUAUUCAAACCUUGAUCAAAUUGCAAACCACCUCUUUACUGGAUGCAUCUGCUAGUAUUGACUAUGAAUUCCCCAAUUUGCCUGGUUCACAUCUGAAAUUUUCAAAUGCUGCUUUGGAGCUAGUGAAGUCUCUGUGUCACAUAUUAUCGCUUGAUAAGGAUAAAAUCAUGGAAACUAGGAUGCUGAGAAGAGAUCUUCUCAAGUAUUUCGAUGUUAAGGAGUUCAGUGAAGAGGCCAACUUCAGAUAUCCAGCUUCCUCUCUCUACAUUCCCCAAGUUUGUUGUGAAUACUGCAACCAUAUCAGAGAUAUCGAUAUGUGCAGAGACGAUGAGGAGAUCAUCUGGAGUUGUGAAAGCUGUGGUAAACCCUUCAACAAAGUGUCGAUUGAAGAGAAAUUGAUCCAGGAGCUGUUGAAACUUUUCACCACCUAUUUCUACCAGGAUUUGAAAUGUGACAAGUGUGGAAGGAUCAAGCAGAACGAACUGGCUGCUAAUUGUGCAUGCUCAGGAAGAUGGCAGGAGACCAAGAGUCUUAGCGAAUUGCAGAAGAGAAUCAAGGUGUACACGAGCGUUUCAAAGGCUUAUGACUUGAGUCUGUUGAGAGCAGCGAUCGAAGAAGCAGCAUAG